AUGGCACCAUUUGAAGCAUUAUAUGGAAGGAGGUACAGGUCACCCAUUGGAUGGCUGGAAGUGGGAGAAAGAAAACUCUUGGGGCCUGAGUUGGUGGAGGACGCCACUGAGAAAAUACGCAUGGUCUCACUAACGAAAGGAGUAAUGAGAUUUGGCAAGAAAGGAAAGUUGAGCCUUCGGUAUAUAGGACCCUUCGAGAUCUUAGAAAGGGUUGGAGCAGUGGCAUACCGUUUGGCAUUACCACCAGACCUCUCAAAUAUUUGCCUCGUAUUUCACGUGUCAAUGUUUAGAAAGUAUAAUCCAGAUCCAUCUCAUGUAAUACAGUAUGAAACCAUGCAAUUGAAAGAUGAUUUGACCUAUGAGGAGCAACCGGUAGCUAUCCUUGAUCGGCAAGUCAAAAAGCUCCAUUCAAAGAAUGUGGCCUUAGUAAAAGUGUUGUGGCGAAACCACACCAGCGAUGAGGUAACGUGGGAAGCCGAGGAGGAGAUGCGAACAAAGUAUCCCCAUCUCUUUGAUGCUUAG